GAGCUGCGGUGUCGCGAGGAGGAGCUGAAGCGCGCGGCACUGGAGCAGAAGUCUCACGAGGAGUUCCUGCGUCAGCGCGAGCAGCAGUUAGCACAGUGGGAGCAAGACGUGUUCGAGCGCGAGCUAUCGCUGCUCAUCCUGCACCUCAACCAGAACCAGAAACCCAACGUCAAGAAGCGCAAGGGAACCUUCAAGAAGCACAAGCUGAAGGUGAAGAACGGAGAGAAGAUCAGCAUGCCGCAGGCUGAAGGUGACGGAGAGAAGAUCAGCAUGCCGCAGGAUUUUAUCCAUAAGAUCACGGUCCAGGCGUCUCCGUGUUUGGAGAAGAGGCGUAACUCUCCGGAUCUGGGCUCGCCGUCCAUCGGUCCGCGCUUCCGAGCGAUACAGCUGAGUCCCAGUGAGAGUAAGUGGAGCUCGGUUUGGCCGCUGGAGUCUCUUCCUCUCAAGCAGACCAACGGCGAGAGGAGAUUCGCUCCUCAUCUGAGCCCCAAAAGCCCCAAGAGUCCAAAGAUCCUCCGUCUGAGCGCGCAGGAGAACAGUCUGUCGAUGAGAGCCAAACUCCUGGAGGUGGACAGUAACGAGAACGAGGACUCCAAAGCUGAUUUUGAGGAGUACAGACCCAUCACACCAGAGUCCAGCCACAACGAGGGCUCAGAGAGUGAGGAAGGCGGCUUGUCCCCGUGCAGUUCUCCCAAACCGGAUCACUCCGGGCUGGUCUGUCUGGGAAAGAGCACACACCGUGCUCUGCUUGGCAGCACCGCCCUGCUGGCGUCCGUGGCUCUGGGUCGCUGUCUGGAGCCGCAGCACCCGCCCACACCGCCUCCACGGGCCUCGUCACGGACGCACCUGCCCACACUGGAGCCGGAGCCGGAGGUGGGAGAUCUGAUCACGUUCAGCAUGGACUCACUGCCGCGAGGCUUUCUGGACUUGCUGAAGCCGCCGGAGAUCAAGCCGCUGCUGCUCACGCCGCCGCCACCCAACCCGCGGGACAGAGAGCGGCCGGGGCGCAGGACGGCUUCGGACUGGAGCGCACACGCCAACGGAGACGCCGAGGUGCCGCAGCAGAGCGGAGAGCGCAGGAGGAGGUCCAGCUACGGACUGAACUCAUCACAGCUCAUGUUGGAUCUUCCACUGUGUCAGGACACGUUUGAGGCCGAGGACAAGUCUCUGCUGCCGUUCGCCCUGUAUCCACACCCCCGAUUGUGGAGCCCUAAAACGCGGCGUCUGGAGGUCAACAUCGUCCCUCGGCCGCGACCGUCCCCUAACCGGCCCCGCAUCGACCCGUGGAGCUUUGUAUCGGCCGGUGUGACGGACAGACUGGGCGCCAAGAAAACCGUCAGCAGUCCCACGAGCCCUCGACUGGGGUACCAGCCCUCGCCAACAAACCCCUUCACAAACUGUGACCUCUUCCCUUCCCCGGACUGCGAUCCCUUUAAUCUGAAGGUCGACCCUUCCAUGAACUCGGACCACGCCUCGACCUUUGACCCCUUCUCAGCCCCCUUCCACACCUCGCGCUCGGCGCCCUGCUCCACCAACGGCAGUCCCAAUCUGUCGCUCAGGGUGGCGCCGCUGAACCCGGCCGACUCUCCGCUCAUAGACCUGGGCUGGAUGGGCGGCACCAAAGAGAGGGUCCAUCCUCACCGGAGCAUCGGCCUCAGUCCGUUCAGAUCACCAGCUCCGCUCAGAGACGACAGGUUCUGAACACUGUCCCGCAAACGAGGGUCCAUGCCAAUUCUGGGAAACAAAACCAAGGAGAUUUCCAUUUGACCCGAUACUGCUGAUGUGUUGAUGGGUUCUGAAUGCUCAUUCAGUGGCGUGACUCCUGUCAGGAGUCACAAAACCUCAGUGUCUUCCUCUCUUGAUUGGUUGGUCUUCCUGUCUUUCAGCACUGUCUCAGGGUCUUAGCGGCCUCUAGUUGCGCUUAAGUAGAUCCGCACUCGUUGCAUCGCUUUAUCUGGUCUCAAAUGUGAUGUAGUUAUUGUCAUAUGAUUUCAAAAUGAUUCCUUGUUUCAGCCCACAUUCGUCUCUGAAGGCGACAAAAGUUGCGUUUCAUAAUCCACGUCACGCGUCCCCGAAUGAGUCGAGAAACGUUCUGCUGACCUCGCUGGUGGCGUUCGAGUUGAGUCAGAGAUUAUGGGGAUGUAUCAGCUGACAGAAGUAGAAAUACAGAUCAGCCUGAGAUUAUGAAAUCACAAAAUCAUUUUUUUUAGAUACCAUCGUGUUGGCUCGCUAAAUGUUGGACUAAAGCGCGUCAGGUAGAGUUUUAGUCCAAAGCAAUGCGUAAACCUCAAAUCACUUUCAUCAUCAGUAGUUCUGUCUGGUUUUCCAGUAAAAUAAUAUUUAAAUAGUCUUGAAUUCAGAUGCAUUGAGAGGAAAUCCAUUUUAUAUAUUUCUCAAACUUCACUAAAUUUUGUUAAUGGCUAAAACAUUUUGGCAUUGCGACGAGACUUGUGUUUUUCAGUGUAGGUGCUUUUGACAAAAGUUCAUCCAGUUGAUUUUAGGUUGGAUUUCCAGUACAUAAUAUCUAAAUAUUCAAAAGUCAAAAUACAUUUACUAGAGAUGCAAACUGAAAAGUCUUGUUUUCCGAUGAAAAUGAGUUUAUACUUAAAGCAAGAAAGAAAUCUGUUCAUGGGGUAAGAAAACUGAACUUAAUUCAAAGGGGAAACAAGUUUAUAUUUAUUCCUCCAAAGUUUCUUCCUUGUUUUAAGCAGCAAAUUCAAUUCAUAUCGAUCAUUUUUAUCGGAAAACAAGAUCUCGGAAGAUAUCGGAAAACAAGACUUGACGGUGAAACUCUUUCUGCAUAAGGAAGCUCAUUUCCGCCACGGAAUAAAAAGGUCAUUGUAACAAUCUCAUAAUUAAUGUCUCGCAAUUCUGAGGUUAUAUCUGAGUUAAAGUCUCAACUGUGAGUUAUAAACGUAGAAUUGUCCGAAAAAUGUAAAAAUUGCAGGAU